CGGCGGCCUUGCUUUUGACAGCCUCUGCGUGCACCACACGCCGGUGGAAGGGGUUCAUCGUGUUCGCGAGCUGUCAACUGAACAAGUGGAUAGCCGCUUUCGUGAGCCAUAUCAUCUAGGCACUGCGAGAACUUGCGAGAGAGGCUGCACAGGCUAUUUUGCAAUGCCCUCCAUCCUCGUCUCCGGGCCCGUCCGCGGCGACUUUGCCAGCCUAUUCAAAGCCGUCGCCAAAGCUCAGAAGAAGGGCGAGUUCGCGGCCGCGCUGUGCGUCGGCAAUUUUCUGGGGGAGACGCGAGAAGCGCCGGCGGAGAGCGCGCCGUUGCCCGUCUACGUCGUGACGGGCGAGGACGCCAUCGACGCGGACCUCGCGUCGCGCCUGGCGGCGAAGAACGUACGGUGGUUGGGCAGGAGCGGCUGCGAGGACGUCGCUGGCCUGCGCGUCGGGUUUCUCGGCGGCACAUACGACGAAGCCACAUAUAAUGAAACAGCACCAGACGACCGGAGCGACGAUCCGCACUACACCUGCGACGACGUCGCUGACUGUGUGGAAAUCAACCAGUGCGUCGGGUGGCCGGCAUCGCCACGCCAUCGAGCAGGCGUCGCGUCGAUGGCGUGGAGGACGCGACGAUUCAGCACAAACGCGCCGUAAAAUUUUGAUUUCCACACAGGUCGAGCAGCUGGCCAUCGACACGGGCGCGUAUCGCAACGACGGCGGCUGCGACGUGCUCCUCACGAGCGACGCGCCGCGCGGCUGCGACGCUAUUUUGAUAGAGGACGACCCGCGGCGCGCGCAGAUUGGUGCGUGUUCGCAGCCGCUCGGCGAGGCGAUGCGGUCGAUAAAAACGUCGUACCACUUCGUCGCCGCCGCGGACGAGGGCUGGAGCCUCGAGCCCUACCGGUGCGGCGUGGGCGGCCACCGGCGGCUGACGCGGCUGCACGCGUUACCGGCCUGCGGCAAGAAACGGUGGUUGCGGGCGUUCACGGUCGAGCCCUUCGCGUCCGUCCAGGAGGACCUCGAUACUGAAGAAGGUGCGCGCGCCGCUUCUGUAAGAGCGGGCGAGCUGCGCGCCGCGACGGCGAACCCCUACGUCGUCGCCGACGCCGCGGCGUCGCACAAGCCGCCGCCGGGCAUGACGAAGCACGUGCCCAUGGCCGCGGCGGCGGCGCAGGAGGAGGACGAAGAGGCCGCGGCGGCCGUGUUGGCCGACGCUGCUCCGCCGCCGCCGCCGGAGGAUAACGCGCCCGUCGUGGCCUCGUUCCCGACGGCCUUUGGCGGUCGCGGCCAGAAGACGAAGCACGAGACGCAGGUCGUGAGCGCGCCGCGGCCCGUGUACACUGCUCCGAAUCGACCAGCCGAGGCGGCCCCGAAGGAAAAGAAACCCAAACGGCAAUCGAUCUAUGCCAAUCAGAACGGAGGAAUUGCGAACCCCAAGAAAGGCAAGCGGAAGCGAUGGGGCGACCCGGGGGGGCAGUUCUAGCUCUAAGUGGGGCUUUGUGUUUCU